AUGUCUCGGCCUCACCUCUCCAAUGUUCUGCUCGUGGAUCAAACGUAUUUUUAUAACAAGACUCAGGACGUUGCAGUUUCAAAAUCCAUUUUUGAUGUAAGAUCGAGGACUCAUUACGAUGAUAGUCAUAUUCGAGCGAGUUUCUCACUCGGAAUUGAAGAAUCGGAAAUGAUUCAAACCUUGUUGGAGCUGGUCAAUGGAAAGGAACGAGUGGAUGAAAAUUUAAUUACCAUCAAAUUGAAUACACUCUUUGGAAAGAAUUCCAUGUUUAAAUUGAGAGGACUUUCAUACAAGACCAUCUUGUUGUAUGGAGAUGAAAUUAAUAUUUUUGGGAAUCAUGAGGAUUCUGUUGAGUGUAAUCAAGCUCCACUUGAAACACCUGUUGAAAAAUUCACAAAUGAAAUUCAUCCAAAUUGUGAAUUAUUCUUACCGUCAAGUUUGAAAAUUUCAACUCCAAUUCAUUGGAACGACAUGCAAAGAUAUACCAUUUUAUUGUUGAGCGAAUUGUUACGAAGAGAAGGAAAAUUAGAUAAUAUUAUUGUGCUGACAAGUUACAAAUCAUUUUGUGAAAAGUAUGGAUUUCUCUUGACGUUGCGAGAAACUGGUAUUGGUUAUCAAGGAAUUUAUCCAUCUGAAAUUAUUGAGAAUUUUUUAUAUUUGGGAGAUAAGGAAAGUGCUUCGAGUGAUGUUGAACUCACUGAUUUGGGAAUUACGUACAUUUUAAAUAUGGCUGAGGAAGUUUCCAACGAUUUGGAGCUUUUGGAAAUCGCUCCAGGUGUGAAAAAGUAUUCCUAUUUAAAGUUGGGAACAGGUGACACAAUUUCACACAGUAUAUCUAAUUUGUUCGAGCAAGCCAACGAGUUUUUGAGAGAAGCAUACGAGAAGAAGUGUAAAGCCAUUGUGAAUUGUAAUAUGGGAGUGAGCAGAAGCUCUACCACAGUGAUUUCAUACAUUAUGAAAUAUUAUGGAUUGAGUUUUGAACAAGUGUUUCAUCAUGUGAAAAACCAAAGAAGCGUCACUUGCCCGAAUGCAGCGUUUCGAGAACAACUCAAGUCAUUUUACAAUAGUCAAUAA